AUGGAGCGUAUGAUCGAAGGCCGAGAGACAGAAGCCAAUCGRGGUAUAGUCUGCCUCAUAUAUAAUCAGAGGUUGGUCUUUCCUGAGUGUCUACAACCCCAUCCAUCAAAUCGCAGAAUGGCACAACUCACUCUUCUUUUCGUUGCGUCCCUCUUGGGAAUUCAAUCAGUGUGGGCAUCUCCAACCGCAGCCUCGACUGCCCCGAGUCUGCAGCAAUGCGCACAGCAGAUGGACGGUAAACUACCAUCCGGUACACCUAAGAGCUUCAACUUCAGCGGGAAUGUGCGACGCUACUAUGUCGCUGCCGAAGAGGUCGAGUGGAACUACGGCCCGACCGGCUGGGACAAUUGGCUUGGAGUUCCCUUGAACGUCUCGCCAAGAGCCAUGCCUCUACUUGAAUACAACACAACUUACCUCAAAGCCUUAUACCGUGGCUACACCGAUAGCACCUUUAAGACAUGCAGCGAACAGCCACAAUGGCAAGGAACCCAAGGACCGACACUACGCAGCGAAGUGGGUGAUUUGGUAGAGAUCAUGUUCGUCAACAAGCUGUCCAAAGCAUAUGCAACAAUGCAUUCCAUGGGUCUCMAAUACAGCAAGACCAGCGAGGGAUCAGAUUAUCCCAACAGCACGAUGCCAGGCUAUGAUGAGACACUAAACACCGCAAACGCAGUCCCUCCUGUCGAAGCUGGCGUCAGCCCAGGAGACUGCGUUGUAUACAAAUGGAUCGUACCCGACAUUGCAGGCCCAAAUGGCGAUGAGCCAGCUAGAACCCACAGCUACCACUCCUACAUCGACCUCAGCAUCGACACCAACUCCGGCCUCAUCGGCCCACAGAUUGUCUACUCCCGUGGAAAAAUGAACUCCACAAUGUCCACCUACCGCGAAAUCCCCCUCCUCUACAUGGGCUACUCAGAAUCCGCCUCUUUUCUCUCCGGCGAAAACGCCAGAAAACUGCUACCCAACCACACAAUUUCCACAAGCUCGUUCGGAUCACCCGACAUGAACCUCUACAGUUCCAACUCCUCCAUCUGGCGCCCUCAAAUGACCAAUCUAGGCCUCUCAGGCCAAUUCCCCUCGGCUCCACAAUUCUUCUCUUUAAACGGGUACUUCUUCGCCAACAACCCGACCUUCGAAAUGUGCAUGAACGACAAGGUGAUUUGGUAUGUCAAUGCUUUUGGAGGGGAAAGUCAUGUCUUCCAUAUGCACGGCCAUUCUUUCAUGGAGAAUGGACUGAAGGCGUUUUCCAAUAGUAUCAAUGAUGGAGCGGGACAUACUUUGUAUAUGAAUGCUUCGAAUCAGGGGUUGUGGCAGGUGAUUUGUCAUGUGGGAGAUCAUCAUCAGCAGGGCAUGUUGGCGAAUUAUAUGGUUUAUGGGGAGGGGAAGUGUCCUCUGCCGGCGCUUGGUGGGGCUUGA